UGCCCUCCUGCCGCCAUUUUUUCGGUCUCGUACUCGUACUUCUAGCGGCUCGGGUAAGGGGGGGGUUCAGAAAUAAGGGAAAGUAGAAAAUACAAAACCGUUAAGCCGGUAUCCCGGGUGAGAGAGUCCGGAGUACACGCGGUAGCUACGGCACAGCCGCUGCUGUGAAGUCCGUUUGUUGUGUGGAGACGUGUUGCGGGCCGCCAUUUUUUUGCUGUGCUGCCUCGAAAGUCCGUUCCGACUCGAGAAAGGGAAUUCAAAAACGCAUUUCCAUGACGUGCAGCGUAGCGUAAGAUCAAGAUACAAGCUAACGUUCAUCAUUUCGUUUCCGACCAGUGGCCACUUUUUUUUUUGGCCGACAUGAGGAUUUAUCAGAUGAAAAACGGAGGACCCCUUUUUCCGUUAUCGUAAGUGACACUGCCUAAAGGAGAUACAAUCAUUUGAAGAGGCGCCUGGUGUUUCUCGGAAGGCGGAACGAAAAGGGGAAGCUUCAUCGAUCAUUUGUUGCUUUGCUCUCCGUCGAUGCCGUUAGUUUUUUAGUCUUUUGGCCGCUCAAGCACACAGGGACCACAUUAUCUUCCGAAGUCGGAUCAAGCCCGUCGCAGCCUGUCUCGGAACAGGGCAGGUUAUUUUUGUUUUGUGUUGUAUUUCAUUUUUUUUUUUUUAAAUCGGAGGUCUAUAGAGCCUGCAGCAUUGAAGCCCUCGCAGGGAGCCCUGCCCUGCACCUUCUAAAUUAUCAUAUUUACUCCAACCACACAAGCGCGUUUUAACGUAUUGCCUAGUCGUAUUUUUGUAAUGUGUUUCCCCUUAUUUUUGAAUUAAUAUUAUUAUUGUUUUCACAACGGAAAUGUCAACCGCUCGGUUCGAUUCGGCUGAUCGGUCCGCCUGGUAUUUUGGACCCGUGUCGCGACAGGAAGCGCAGAACCGGCUACAGGGACAGAGACACGGCAUGUUUCUCGUCCGGGACUCGUCGACCUGCCCCGGCGACUACGUGCUGUCGGUGUCGGAGAACUCCAAAGUGUCUCACUACAUCAUCAACUCUCUGCCCAGCAAGAGGUUUAAGAUCGGCGACCAAGAAUUCGAGCACCUCCCCGCUCUCCUGGAGUUCUACAAGAUCCACUACCUGGACACGACCACGCUCAUAGAGCCAGCACCCAGGUACCCAAGCACGGUCAGUGCUCCCAUCCAGCCCAUGGGUGGCCCAGAGGACAACCUGGAGUACGUGCGGACUCUAUAUGACUUCACCGGCAGCGAUGCAGAGGACCUUCCCUUCAAGAAGGGGGAGAUCCUUAUCAUCCUCGAGAAGCCAGAGGAGCAGUGGUGGAGCGCCAAGAGUAAAGAAGGACGUGUUGGGAUGAUCCCAGUGCCCUAUGUGGAGAAGUUGGUACGACCUUCGCCACAUCCUGGCCAGCCCCCCCAUGGUUCUCGCAACUCCAACAGCUAUGGGAUCCCAGAGCCCUCCCACUCUCUCGUCCACGCCUACGCUCAGCCCCAGACACCAUCGCCAUUGCCCCCUGGAACGGCCGCAGUGUUUAACAGCCCUCUACCGUCCGUGCAGAACGGCCCAGUGAUGGCAAAGGCCAUCCAGAAACGAGUGCCAUGCGCAUAUGACAAGACUGCUCUUGCUUUAGAGGUUGGAGACGUCGUCCAGGUUACGCGGAUGAACAUCAGCGGUCAGUGGGAGGGAGAGCUUAACGGACGGAGGGGUCUCUUCCCAUUCACCCAUGUCCGAAUCAUAGAUCCCCUGAACCCGGACGAGAGUGACUGACCAAGGAGUUGGACCGGACCGCUUCGUCAGUAUAUCGUGUAGGCUAAAUAGGCUGGCUGUGUCCACCUUACCCGCCAGCGUCACCACGGUUACAUGCUUGCCUGCUUGGGGCUGUACCAUGAUAGCGGCCCCUCUGUUGUUGCCAGCCGUUGCAAGGCUUUCUGACUGUUUACAGCUCUUUGGACAAACUUAAAAAACAAAACAAAAAAAAAAAAAAAAAGAUGAAUGCCCCUCUUCUCCAUGUUCCCUUUCCUGUGACUUGGCUCCAGGCGGAGCACUUUUCCCCCCCCCAUUAGUGUCCUCUUUCUUCUCAGAUCAUUGGAGGUGCGGAUGCGUGUUUGUGUACACGCAUGUGAGCGUGUGUGUGCGUGCUUACUAGAUAUUUCCCCCCCCCGCCCAAUUGUUUUAUAAGUUUGAUUGCCCUGAAUAUUAUGUUUUUAUAGUAUUGCGGAUUAAGAAGGUGUUGGUGUUUUUGUUACAUUUUGUUCGGUAGGGAACAGUCCCUGUGGACUUUGGAGAGCACUGAGGCAACGAGGAGCUAACCAGCCAGUCAAAUGUUUUUUUUCUCCAAACAAUCAAGUCACUGUUGUACCUUAACUAUCAUGCGCACACACACACACACACACACACACACGCAUAUAUAUAUUGGCCAUGAGUUAUUCAGGUGGAGUCUUUUUUUGUUACACGUUGUGUGCCAGGCAUCGGGAGGAAGCAGGAGAGCGAGGUUUGUGGAAGCUCUACGAUGUACCAUGACAUCAUAGAUCCCUCCUCUCUUCCACCUGGCACGCGUAUGGCUGACAAGACUUAUUUAUAUUUUGUUAAUAAGACACAACAUGGCCACGAGGGUUUUCAUCCUUUUCCUAUUUGUGCCACAUGAUCAAAUACAUUUUGGGACCUUAAUGAUGUAUCGUGUUGGGGUAAUUGUCCUCUCUGCUCCCUACUUUGCUGUCCUUUGCGUUAUUUUGACGUGAAAGGACGUUGUUUGGAGAAUAGUUGCUUUUUAGUUCCAACUGCACCAAGGACUAGAAGAAGUAUUUAGACUUUCUGCAUAGGAGCGCCAUGCUAUGAACAGGGUUUUCUAAAAGUGGCAACAGGCCAAAGGCUGUCCACACAGGUGAGAAUCUCCAGUGUCAGUAAAACAGGUCAAUGUCAGAGCUAAUACCUUUUUUUUCAGAGAGUAAGAUCUAUGCAUCGGUUGCAUGCAAUCCUCUCUUCAGUGUGCGUUUUUAUUUUUCUGGUGAAUGUUUCAGCCGUCUUUAUGACUUGGAAAUUUUGUGCACAAUUUGUCUCUUUAUGCAAACUGUCAGAGUAGUGGGGAAGCAUAUUUUGUUCUUACAGUCCUGCAACCAGUUUCCCCAGUAUGAGCAGCCAAUUAAGCAGUUGUGCAUUGUUGCUCCCUACAUUUCUGCUGUAAAAAUGCCCCCACCUACCCCAAAAAAUCUCUGCCCCUGUGGGUUUCCCUCCAAAACAGCUCAGCCAUUCACUCAGAGUAAUAUUUUGCCGCUUUUAGUUGUUUCUAAUUUUUUCUUUUUUUUUCCACCUUGCUAGUCUAUUAAAUUGUGCAUUUUCUUAAAAUGACUGAUGUUAUUAAAUUUGUGUAUCUAAGGUGACAUUUACAAAAGGGAAAAAUGCCUGCUGGUUGCCUCUGUGCAUGACCUCUUGGCCGGGGGAAAGGCUCCACCUGGCCAAAUGCUGCUUAAUGCCAUUUUAUCCUUGUUAAAGCAAGGUUUAUCUCGUUUGAAUCCCUCCUGGUGUGUGCAAAUGAGCCAGAGUGGGUUUCUCCUCAUCAGACUUAAUGAAAUCUACUAAUCAAGCAAUACACCCAGAUUAUUUCCUUUUGUUGAGGUGAACUUGCUUCUCUUGCUUCAGAGUUGUUUUUGUAAUGGCAUUUACAGUAUUACUGUGCUCUCUACUCAUAUUCUAGGAAAGCCUGUCUUUUACUUAAGAAUGGAAAAUUGUGCCUUUUUAUUUUCUUAUACCAUUUCCAUGUGUUAAUAUUUCCCAUGGUUAACACCUGUGCUGGUAUUGACCCUUUAUGUACAGAACAAGUAAAUAAAAUUUACGUCUACUUCUUUAAA